CUUUUGGGGGGAGGGGGGGGGAGUUGUUUCGUUUGCCCUAAUCGUCUGCGAGCGAGAUCUGGCUCUCUUAUCCUGAAGAACCCAACGCCCUUCCCCUGAUAAAUCCAUAUAUUCAACACCAUGGCCCCCUUCCGAUUCUUGAUCUUCCUGCAACUCGGAUCGCCGUCGAUCGGUUGAUUGAUUCGUCGUCUACGCCGUCCGAUUCGUGUUCUCUCGCUCUCCGAUUCAACUCGGUUAUCAAGUCAGGUGUUGUUUUUGAGAGUUUUACGGUGUGCGCUGGUUCAGGAUGGAUCCGAUGGACAUCAUCGGGAAGUCAAAGGAGGAUGCUUCGCUUCCGAAAGCAACCAUGACGAAAAUCAUUAAAGAGAUGUUACCACCAGAUGUACGCGUUGCAAGAGAUGCUCAAGAUCUUUUGAUUGAGUGUUGCGUAGAGUUUAUAAAUCUCAUCUCGUCAGAGUCAAAUGAAGUUUGUAGCAGAGAGGAGAAAAGAACAAUAGCUCCUGAGCAUGUACUCAAGGCUUUACAGGUUCUUGGGUUUAGCGAGUACGUUGAGGAAGUUUACUCGGCAUAUGAACAACACAAGCUUGAGACUAUGCAUGACUUAUCAAAAAGUGUCAAAUGGGGCAACGGAGCGGAGAUGACAGAGGAAGAAGCCUUGGCUGAGCAGCAGAGGAUGUUUGCCGAGGCACGUGCCAGAAUGAAUGGUGGUGCCACUGCACCCAAGCAACCAGACCCCGAACAAAGUUUAGAGAGCUAACUUUAGGACCUUUGCUUUUUUGUGAACCGUAGGCAAGUAUCCUCGACUUCUCGAUUUGUGCUUCUCGUAUAUGUACAAAAAAAAAACCAUUGAGUAGUGAGUGUGCUGGUCUAUGUCCUUAUGCACGCUUAUGUUGUAUUGUCUUUAUGGAUCCAUGUCUAUAAGUUAAUGUAAUUAGUAGAGUUUGUCCGACUCCUGGUGCCGCCGCUGUAUGUAAUUAUUUGGCGUUGUUUAGUUAAUAGUUUGGACGACAGAACUCGUUCAUAUGGUUA